CAGCAGCAGCGCAGGGACUGCGGGGACAGAGGCAGCAGAGACACCCGGGGAAGCCCGCGCCCCCGCCUGCGCCUCCGCGGCGCGCCCCGGGAGCGGGAGCAGCCCCGCAGCGCGGCCCAGGGCAGAGGCGAGCGCCGCAGCACCUCGCCGCGGGCCGGGGGGAGCCGGGGCAGCGGCCGGAGCUCGGGGGCGCGGCCGGGGACCCGCAGAGCGAGCCGAGGCCAGAGGACGAUUCCAGGCGCCAGCAUCCCGCGUCGCGGCAGCGGAGGCGGCUUCGCGGGAGACAAAGCCUGCCGGAGGAACGCGAUGCCGGGCCGGCACGGGCUUGGGGGCUGCGGCGUCUGAGCGCGCGGACCGGUGCGCCCGGGGUCGGCGGAGGCCAGUCAGGUCGCGGCGGAGGGCGGCAGGCGGGGCCCAGGUGCGCCCGGCCGCGGCGGGCCCGUCACCGCUCGGGGGGCGGCGCCCUCCCGCUGCAGCCGCAGUGGCCCGCGCCGCAGCGAGGAGCCAUGGGCAACAUCUCCUCCAACAUCUCGGCCUUCCAGUCCCUGCACAUCGUCAUGCUGGGCUUGGACUCGGCCGGCAAGACCACGGUGCUCUACCGGCUCAAGUUCAACGAGUUCGUGAACACGGUGCCCACCAUCGGUUUCAACACGGAGAAGAUCAAGCUGAGCAACGGCACGGCCAAGGGCAUCAGCUGCCACUUCUGGGACGUGGGCGGCCAGGAGAAGCUGCGGCCGCUGUGGAAAUCCUACAGCCGCUGCACGGACGGCAUCAUCUACGUGGUGGACUCGGUGGACGUGGACCGGCUGGAGGAGGCCAAGACGGAGCUGCACAAGGUAACCAAAUUCGCCGAGAACCAGGGCACGCCGCUGCUGGUCAUCGCCAACAAGCAGGACCUGCCCAAGUCGCUGCCGGUGGCCGAGAUCGAGAAGCAGCUGGCGCUGCACGAGCUCAUCCCGGCCACCACCUACCACGUCCAGCCGGCGUGCGCCAUCAUCGGCGAGGGCCUCACCGAGGGCAUGGACAAGCUCUAUGAGAUGAUCCUGAAACGCAGGAAGUCCCUCAAGCAGAAGAAGAAGCGGUAAUGCGCCCGGCGGCGUUCCGGAGCGAGGGGGGAGUGAGCGCGUGAGUCAGGCAGGAAUGAAUGGAUGUGCGAGAACCCGCGCCCGCGAACAAAGACAGCGAACCAAAGCGAUGCUUCCGAUUUUUAAAACUGAAUCUCUGUGCCCAGAUGCAGGACUAGUGACUUAAGCCCGGGGUGUGUAUGCUGACUCACCAGCCUGCCCUCGACCUGCUCCCACCCCAAGCCGGGGGGCACCUUUUGUCUGAACGCCAGAGCUCCCUAAUAGGGUGGGAGGCCGCCCUGGGGAGUGAACGUGCAGGGGCUGCGGUCUGCCCUCCCCGCCCAGGUGGAAGGCUCAGAUGUCAGAGACAAAAGCAAUUUCUUCCUACUCCAGCAGGCCAGAAGUUCAGGCUGCCCCGCCCUCACCUGCGAGUUACCUGAGGUAUGCAACUCCCAGAGCCCCUGGAGCCCUCAUGGGGAGGGCAUGUUGGCGUUGGGAGGUGCUGGGGGAACAGCCCCUCCUUGCACUCAGGGGCAGUGAAAGCUGGGUUAUUUUAUGUCACAGGGCCGGCCCCUGAUGAAAGCUCAUUUGUUCUGCUCUGGGCCCAGACAAGGUGGUGUUUUGGGCUCUGGGAGGACUGCCCCGAACAAUACUCAGCCCCAGGGCGAGGGGCUCUGUGCUGGCCUUGGCUGCGGAAUGGCCUCGGAGAUGCACCUUGCCUGGUGGUCCUCGGCGACUACGGAACCAGUUUUUGUUGAGAACCGCUUUUCAGCUUGGAGUCAGACAUCAUCCAGAUGGCUUGGACCCUGUCCAUGUGUAGGUCAUUGUCACACAAAGAGACCAAUAAAAAUUUAAAAAGCCAAA